AUGGUUUCCGACGAGCACUAUGAGAUCUGCCUACCGAUCCUCCAGGAUGCCACCCUCGAGGACGAAGACAAGACGGACAAGCUAGAAGACCUUUUGCGAAACCAGACGACUCUGAAUGGUUCCUCACUAGAUAAUGCGAUUCUCGAUGUGUUAUGGCGAUACCGUGAUGGAAGUGGACUUGCGGCCUCCCCUCCUCCUAUCCGUCAGACUAUCUUACGGCGACCAUCACCUGCAUCAUGGCGCGGCAAUGCCACUCCCCUCUCUGGCUCGCCCAGACUUGGAGUUAGUCCUUUGGCCCCUCCAGGCUUUGUUCCGUCCUUUACUCCAUCUUUCACGAGAACGAAAUCGUCUGCGGCUUCUCCUUUCUCCUCUCCGAGACCCUCUCCGAGACUCGCCUUUGCGACACCCGCCAUACCUAAUAGCCCGAACUUGAACGCAUACGAGUUCGCCAACGACAAGUCACCUUCUCACGAAACUUUUGGCGACUAUCAGACAGAAAACGUGGAGUGGCUUGUCGCUGAUGAUGCUAUCAGCGUUACAUCAUCUGUCGGAACCUCAAGUGGCUUGAAUGCUGCUGCCCCUGAGUUCUCCUCCAUGUCGUCACAGCAAGCUGAUAUGUCUCCAUAUGACAUGCUGCGUUCAAUACUCGGCCGGACGCGAACUGACGAGGAGAUCGAAGCAGCCCUUGCGCUUCACGGCUAUGAUCUAAGCGCAACGAUCGCGUCUAUCAUGGAAAGUCAGGCGCAAGAGAAUGGAUACAGCAGCUCGCAGCCAGACGACAAUAAGGUGUCUCUGAUAGGAAAGGCGCUGGCUGCGGAAGGACGGCCCACUACCCCGGCUGGACAAAGGUCGGGUAUUAUCUGCAAGUUCUACAUGUCUACGGGACAAUGCUUAAGAGCAGACUGCAGAUUCAGCCAUGACUUGAGCAAUCAUCUGUGCAAAUACUGGGUAAUGGGCAAUUGUUUAGCUGGCGAAACUUGCAUAUUCUCCCACGAUCCAGCACAUCUAAUGAACAAGCUGGCGCUGGACGGGGCCAGUACUCCUCCAACCAAGCAGGCCAAUUUGUCCGACUUGAACCUGUUUCCAGCACUUCCACCUGGCACGCCUGACCACAUUGGCAGUUAUAGUGGAAGCCCAGGUGUUACAAUCGGGCUCACGCCACCACCCGGCCUGAAGCCGUUCUACGCGAGUGACAGCCCUCGGUCUAGGUCUCGCCCAGGAAGCCGACACCAGCAAGCGAGGGAACUUGUGGCUCCAUCGCUGGACGAUGCGGACGCAUUCCCUACUCUAGGUUCUGCUGCGGCGAAGCAAGGCAAGAAGCACCACGGGAAAAGGGGUGGGCACGGCCACAAUCACAAGGAGAAUUAUGCACCAAACUCUCUUGCUGAGAUCGUCAAGAUGUCGCCAUCUCCAGGGCCAGCUUCACUCCGCCAAGAUAUCAAAAAGAUUGGACGAAAUGGAAGCUCGACCAAUAUCCGGAACGGGGAAAAUAGUGCGGCAGCACAGGCGAUUCAGAACCCGAAACACAUUCCAUGGUUAGAAACUGGUGAAAGAGCCAACAAGGCCUACCUUAAAGCUCGCCAAGAAGCCAUCAAGCACGGCGGUCUUAGGAACAAGUUCCUCCAGAGCGCCGCUCAAGCAUGGAACCGAAAUGAUGCUAGGGCUGCCAAAGCUCUGAGUCUACGGGGCCAGAGUGAGAAUGACCUGAUGCGGAAGGCGCAUCGAGAAGCCGCGCGCGAGCUCUACGAGGAACGCAACAGAGGCAUUGCGAACAGUUCUGAGAUAUAUGUCGACCUGCACGGACUUCAUCCGGAGGAAGCCGUGGAAUAUCUGGAGCGAGUUUUGAUGGAGAACGGCAAGGAGACUAGACCGAUUUACGCCAUUACCGGUACCGGUCACCACAGUAAGAACGGCAAGGACAAGGUCGGCAAGGCGAUUCGUAACUUCUUGAACGAGUGGAGGUACGCCUAUCGCGAAUUCUCCGUCCCUGGAGAUCGCAAUAAUAUGGGUGGCAUCUUGGGCAUUGAUGCUCGAAGCUACGACAAGGCGUUGGCACGCGAGGGAACGUCGAGUGCAGACGACAGUAAAGAGGAGGUUGAUAUCUUGAGUCAGGGUGUGGAAAUUGGAGACGGCAAAGUCAGGAUGCUUGUUAGGGAUCCCCCGAAGGGACCUAGCGGGCGGCGAUGA